AUGUCACAACCAAUCGAACUCAAUUUAUCAAAAGUCCCAAUUUAUGAUCACUGCUUCUUCCCUGACAGGAGUCGUGUGGUUAUUACAAAUGGACCUGACGCACAAAUAUUUGACUUAACUGAUUCGUCGGGUAAGCCUCGCUUGGUUACGACAUUACACCACCAUGAUAAGACUGUUACUGCUUUAGAUGUCUCGAUUGAUGGUAAAAUUGUUACCUGCUCUCAAGAUAGAAAUGCUGUGGUCUGGUCUCCAAAUGCGGACGGCACAUAUAGCAGACCAACCUUGGUUUUAUUGAGAAUUAAUAGGGCUGCCACUUGUGUUAAAUGGUCGCCAAAUGGAAAGAAAUUUGCGGUUGGUUCUUCCGCACGGGUCAUUUCUGUUUGUUACUUUGAAGAGGAAAAUGACUGGUGGAUUUCGAAGCACAUUAAACGUCCAUUGAAAUCCACGAUUCUAUCUUUAGAUUGGCAUCCAAACAACGUUCUUCUUGCAUGUAGUUCUACUGAUACGCAUGUCAGAGUUUUUUCUGCGUAUAUCAAGGGAAUUGAUUCAAAGCCGGCUCCAUCCGUUUGGGGUGAAAGACUACCAUUCAAGACACUUUGUUUGGAUUACAGCCUUGGUUCCUGGGUUCAUGAUGUCAAGUUUGACCCUACUGCCGAAUUUUUGGGCUGUGUUACACAUGAUGGUUGUGUAAGUAUUGUUUAUCCCGGGGCAGAAGAACUUGAAGUUUCAAAUGUCAUCAAAGUUAAAACGCCAUCGCUCCCAUUUGAUACUUUGAUCUUUGCUACACCAAGUAAAAUUAUUGCCGCAGGAUACGACUGUCAUCCUGUGGCAAUUGAAGGAGAUGCCGAAACAGGUUGGAACAUUUCUUAUUCCAUUGAUGAUCCAACCAAGAAGAAGCAUAAUAAUCUAGAGAACCAAUCAGCAUUGGACAUGUUCAGGCGUAUGGAUUUGAAAGGUUCGGAUUCAUCUGCCUCUUCAAAAUUGCUUACAGUUCAUCAAAAUACUAUCAACGUCAUUAGACCAUUCCAAAGUGAUGCCAGUGGAAACGUCUUGAGAUUUAGUACUUGCGGUAAUGAUGGUAAAGUUGUAAUCUUUGAAGUUUGA